UGACAGAAAAUGUGAAGGUUCGUUUUCUUCAGCUAAAAAAGACAAAGACUGAAAGACUCUUUAGAAAAAUCGAAUUUUCUCUGAAAAAGUACGAUGGUAAUACUUCGUGAAACUUGACCAGUACCGACCAGAGUACCGCGAUUCAGUUUGCCAAAUGUGCGGACCGAUUCAGUAGUGGAACCGCUGCGAAAAAUGUGAUCCUUUUCAUCACUGCACGCCAGUAGCAAGGGAUUUCGUCUUUAGUUUUUUUCGUUUGUCCUCGCCAAUUGAUCAAUCAAAUUUCGGUAUCGAGUUUGUUCAUGGUACCGACGAAAUACCGAGGGUCUCGCAGUUUCUGGGACUCGUUGAGUUUUUUAUGGGUCUUUGUAUCAGUUGCAGGAAAUCAAGGAAUACUUUUAAAGGCCGCUGCACCAAAUCCACCGCCGCCAAGGACUUCGUCGGCUUCCUCUCGCCCACGAAGCACGCCUCCGCAGCCUCCGGCACCUCCCUACUAUGUGACCGCCUCCAGCAGCAGUCUUCCGCGUCCGCGUUGCUGAACCAGCCGUACGACGCGGCGCAGCGACACCGCGCAGACGUAGACCGGCGCGCCGCCAGCAGCGAUGACCUCGGAUGCGCCGACUGCUGCCUGAGGGCGGCGGGAGGGGCGGCUGCGCGCGGGGGAGGGGGCGGAAAGGGGAUCCGCCGCGGGGCCGCCGAAGCGAUGGCGGCCUCCUUCUCCACCAACAUCACCAAUUCGCUCAAGGGGCUGGUCAGUAAGAAGAGGAACAGGUACAAGCAGGACGGGUUCAACCUCGAUUUGACCUACAUAACCGAUAAUAUAAUCGCGAUGGGUUAUCCCGCCUGCAACCUGGAGAGCGUCUACAGGAACAACAUUGAGGAUGUGGUCAAGUUUCUGGACCAGAAACAUCCGGAUCACUACAUGAUCUACAACCUGUGCAAGGAAAGGAGCUACGACAAAUCGAAAUUCCACAACAGGGUGAAAGAGUUUCCGUUCGAGGACCACAAUCCGCCCAAAAUCGAAUCGAUAGAACCGUUCUGCGAGGAUGUGAAAGAAUGGUUGGAAAAAGAUUCACAAAAUGUAGCAGUGGUUCAUUGUAAAGCAGGUAAAGGAAGGACUGGUACGAUGAUAUGCUGUUAUUUAUUGCACAGCAGGAUAUGCUGCACAGCAGACCAAGCAUUAUGCUUUUAUGGUGAGAAACGAACGCAAGAUACUAAGGGUGUGACCAUACCCAGUCAAGUGCGGUACGUCAAGUACUACGAACAGUUAUUAACUCACCGGACACAGUACGCUCCGGUGACGGUUUACGUCAAAGAGUUUGUGUUCGAGCCCGUGCCAACAUUUGCAGGUGGCCCGGGUAAUCUGUUCUUCACCAUCGCCAAAACCUUCUCUUCCGAAGGUGAAAAAAGGUUUAAAAGUGAUGUGUACAAGGUGCCAGUGGACGCCAGGUCGUUCUGCAUCAAGCUGGACCGGUGUUUUCGCCUGACGGGCGACGUCAAAGUGGAGUUCUUCAACAAGGUGAUGAUGCGCAAAGAGAAGCUGUUCCACUUCUGGUUCAACACGUUCUUCCUCGGCUAUCCCGAAGUGUACGGCGGCGACUCGUACGAGCUGACCUUCGAAAAGAACCAGCUGGACAAGCUGAACAAGGACAAGCAGCACAAGAUUUUCAACGAGAAAUUUAAGUUGACGAUGGUGGUUAAGAAAGUACCCAAGGUAGAAAACGCCGCGUUCCUGCCUCGCCUCGGCCAGACGCGAGUCAUAAGCAACAGCACGCCGAGCGACAGUUCGGCAGAGUCGACGGACGAAUCGGAGGAGGACGACUGGGAUUCCGACGCAUUGUAUAAUAUGUAGCAGUGUGUACUGGUGUUUUUUCUGUAUAGUUGUUAUUAUUUAGUGUUAUUUAUUUAUAUGGAAAAAUCCGCUUUUAGCUAUACGUAUAUAAUAUGCCUGUACGAAAUAUUCUAACCUCGAUAUUCUAUCACCGAUUAAAUCAAGUGGGCGUAGAGUCGUAUCAGGAUCGUUGAAUUCGUCUGCCAUUAUCAGGAAUUUUAGUAAAUUAAACUUUCAAUAUCACCUUGUAUAUGAUAUUAAUGAUAUACGAUGAUAUAAAUGUAUAUUAUGAUACAGAAGUUCUAAAAAUGACAUAUUUAAAAUUGGAAGAUAUUAGUGAUAUAUCAUGAUACGUAUCAUGAUAUGUAUCCAAGAUAUGUAUCAUGAUAAAGUAUGUAUGUGGUAAUAUAUUCAAAAAUCUAAAUGCUCUUUAAAAUAUUCUGAAGAUAUCAGUAAAUCAUAUUAUGAUAUAUAUCAGUGAUAUCUGUCCUUGAUACCUUUUGUUUUAUAUGGAAUGAUAAGUUGGAAAGAUGGAAAUGAAUAUCAUGAUAUUUAUUUAGCGUUAUCUAGUUCCAAAAUACUAUGAAAAGAUUUGAAAAAAAAACUAGAUUUUAAAGAAUACCAGCUGUUUAUAGCAAAGCCCUACAUAAAAAUCAGACAUGCAUAUUAUGAUAUAUCAGCGAAUAUUAUGAUAAUAUAUUAUAAUAUAUGGAAUAAAAAGUCAAUAUCAUAUAUAUUCAAAAAUCCAAACGUUUUUUAAAGUAUUCCGAAGAUAUCAGAGAUUAUAUUAUGAUAUAUCAGUGAUAUAUCACUGAUUAUCAUGCUUUUUAUUGAAAAGAUGGAAAACAAUAUCAUAUUUAUUUAGUUAAAUAUGUAUCUAAAUGUUCUCAAAAUAUAUCGAAAGUUUUAAAAAACUAGUUUCAGCAAAGUUCGGUAAAGAAUGCGAAGAUAUUACUGGCGUAUCAUGAUAUAUUAUCAUGAUUUUUAUGGGGAUAUGCAAAAAUUGAAGUUCUGAUAUAGAAAAGUUGAAAAUUAUAAAAGUCACAAAAUAAUCAGGGAUGCGUAUAUAUAAUAUGUAUCACGAAUCACGAUAUGUAUAUAAACAUCAUGAUUUUUAUAUAGUAUUAUAUUCAAACAUUUAAAUUAAUAUCUAAUAUUCUCUAAAUAUUCCGAAUAUAUCUUGAUACAUCACAUAUAUCACGAUGUAUCACAUAUAUCAUGAUAUAUCACAUAUACCAUGAUGCCACACACAUGAUAUAUUCCACAUAUCAUGAUAUGUUACAAAUAUCAUGAUAUAU